UUUUUAGUCCAGCACGUGCCCCAGCUAUUGGGGCACUUUUGACUCUGCGAUUUCCGUAUAACGAUACGAAACACUUGGCCCGAAUGAACGUUGUGCUCGUAUAAAUGCACAAAGCCCGCCUCAGUGUGUCCAGUUAGAAGUUAGACCAACAAACCAAGACCUAACCCAAUCCAAUCCAAUUUAACAUAAUCUGAUGGCGGCCUUCAAACAGAACCAGCGCUUUGCUCUUCUCCUCUUGAUCGCACUGGCAGGCAGCUCAGCGGCACAGACAUUCACCCAAGAGGAUCGCGGCUCCAUACUGAAGUUCAUGGGUGUACUGAUAAAUUUCCUGGACUUGGAGACGGACAAUGCCACUAGCACAGCGGUACCCAACACAAAUGCCACCAGCGUGGGGACGACGACCACUUUGCCUAGUGAACCCUCGGGCGAAACUACAGAGAGCAGUGGCACAACAAGUAACUCCACGACAGGGGACUCAACGAGUGGGACCACAACUACGCUGCCAUUGAAUUCAACGGGAUCGGACACAACCACUGAGGUCGCCUCCACCACUGUAAGACGUCGCAUUUGCUUCAAACGCGUCUGCUACAAAUUUAGUGCCGACAAGGGUUAUAUCUACUAAUGGCGAGAGGCAUACUUGUUACUCUCAAUCGUUAGGUGACGAGCUCUCAGCGAAAUUCAUAACAUUCAGCAACCGACAUUUUUCAAAAACAUCCUGAGCUGCACCUUGAGAGGGGAUCCGACUAUUUAUUCAAUAUGCACAAGCAAUUUAUUUGUUUUGGCAAAAAACCCAGGGAAGAUUGACAUCGAGUACUCGUUACUUCAUCGAUAAAAGAGCUUCAAAGCAAUCGUUAAUCUCAAGUACUCAUGCGGUCUGGAGAAUCCAUUGAUAUCAGCAAGAAGAAUCAAUCCUUAUUCACAGAUAUAUUCCAUUUCAUAGCUCGUUGCAGUCAUUACACCACUCGCUGCUUGCGCUACUCGACCUUUUAUGCCGCGGUAGAUCCGCGUGUAAAUUUAGUAUGCAACCUUAUAUUUUGUAAUUGAAAUCAUUUCCUGAGGAGCAAAAAAACCAAUACUUUGUAAAUCAAACUUUAUUCAGCAAUGAUAAAAAAAAUAUAU